AUGUGCAAAGAGGAAACGGAAAGUGCCAGAUCUGUUUUUAUGGAAUUAGUGCAUAAUAUAAUCAGUACAUUCAUGCCUCAAAUUUUGGUGAGGUUGAGUUGCCUCGCUGUGGGAAAGCGCGGAAAUCGUGCAAAUAAAGAUUUUGAAAAACCAACCAAUCAAGGGAUAGAAAAGCUUAUGUCUAUUGGUUCAAGUCGAGCAGAAAUGGAGUCUUCUUAUGAUCUCAUACCUUUGUAUGACCCUUCUGAUCAAAAUGGACUACCUGAAGUUGGAAACGAUCGUCUAAUGAUUGUACUGUAUACGAUGUAUAACUUCAUUUUAGCAGCUUUCCGUUUCUCUUCCGAUCCAAUGGACUCAACAGGAUUCAAUGAAUCUUUGUUUCUUUGGGUUAUUAAGCAUUAUCCGAAAGCACAAGUUAAUCAUGCUGUAGCUCUACUCCUGAAAAAUCAUAUUAUUAAACGACCUAAAUCGUAUGAAAAGAAGACGGAUCCAGGUUUUCGUGUAGUCAACUCUGUGCGCAUUGCUAUUAGUCACCGAUUUUCACGAUGGACUCAUGGAGAAUUCACUACACAAACUAAGUAUAUUAAUGAAUCGUAUUCAAUUUGGCUUCAUGCUGUUAACCAACUGAAUUCUUCUCGUAUUGGUAGUAUGGAUUUGAUUGGUAGUAAUACUGUAAUGAUAAGGUCUCAGCUAAGCAGAAAUAAAGAAAAAGAAGCUGUAGAAGUCAAUAAACAAUCUCAAAAACUAAUAAACAAACAUUUAUUCAAUGAUAUAACAACUGGUGGUUGUGUAGCUUUUUUCUUGGAAUUAUUAUUGUUUUAUCCACACGUAGAUAUUCAGAUAUCUAUUAAAGUGGAGGAUAUAAUUCUAGUUGGUAGCAAUCAAACGUGUGAAGAUGAGACAGUUGACUUACUUUCAUUACAAGAGAUUAAGCAGAAUUCUACCAUGCGACUGAAACCAACAGAAAUUCGAAAAGAUUUACUAUAUCGUAUGGGUGUGUCUAAUGAUAUAUUGAGUGAUCCACUAUUUGUUGGUGAUUACAACUUUAUGCGACACUCCCGUUGGUUCGAUCAUCAUCUAUCAUUUACUGGUGGUUAUAUCCAAGCUGUCUUGAGCAGUAAUGAUAACCACACCAUAAGUUGGUGUCCAUCCAAGUUGUUCGAGUUAUAUAGGGAUUCACUGAAAUCUUCAAUUCAAUCGGCUAGCAAUUCACUAGUUUUUCAGUUACCUGAUUUUGAAAGAAAUUGUUCAAAUGUGAAUGAAAAUCAACGUAAUCUAACAUUGGACGUUGAUUUGGAUAUGAAAAUAGAAGAUAGUAUAUCCUAUCGUCUCGAAGAUUAUAUUCAGACUGGCCGUUUCAGUGGUCGUUCUGUCAUGGAAAUUAAGGAAAAUAUUGGUGAUCGUAAAAGUGUUUUGAGUGCACUAAGGCAUUUAUUAGAUGCUCGUGUGGUGUUCAAUGUCGGCAGCAUUCAUUCUAGGUUCGUGCAUCAGAAACACAUACGUUUGUGGCUAGUUCACUUAAAGCCGAAUAUAAAUCUUCAUCCAAAUGUUAAACCGAAUUUGACAGAAAUAGUAAAAAGUGAGCAAUCCGAAUCCUUUCCUCAACCAAAAAGACUGAGGUUAGAUUCAACGUUAUCAGAGACAGUGGAGAAUCAAAAUGACCCAAGUUCUCCAGCUACAUACUCGUCCAGUAUGGAUGAAAUACCUAAAGGUUAUUUCUUUCCACAACCUUGGUUUUCCGAAAUAGGAUCACCUAAACCAAGGUUAUUUUGUGAUAUUCUACAAAGUUUAUGUGCUAAUUUAACUAACCAUGGUGGAACCACACUAGCCUUAUUUGCUCAGCAACAUCAAACUCUAUUUGGUCAACAAGCUAUCCGUCAAUUACUGUGCUUCCUGCGUGACUUAGGAGCGAUUCGUAUGGUGCGCAUAGUAGGCAACUCAAAGGCAUGCUUAUUUUCAGAUGCAGUGACAUAUUCUAUUUCAGAUGAUAUCCUGUUAGCAUCACCUGAAGAGUUAACAUUGAUCCCUGAACCGAAUUAUGUGACAAUUAUUGGUACAUUUACAGAUCUCUAUAUACGACACAACAGCAUUACAACUGACAAUGAAACUAGUAACAACCCUCAAUCGGUAUAG